AUGCCUCUCAGAGCAAAGAUUCUUGGUGCGCAAGCUUCGUCAAGCGCACAGAUGUCUACAAAAGUCCCAGCCGAAUUCCAGGAGCGCCGCAAUGACGAUCCCGAUGAUGUCCUCUUCAACAGUCUCUACGGUCUGCGGACCAUCCAGCUGAAUCGCCCGAAGAAGCUCAACUCGUUGAACGCCAGCAUGAUCCGCAAGAUUUUGCCGAGGUUGGUGGAGUGGUCGAAGUCCGACAUGGCGAACGUGGUGGUUAUGAAGGGAGCCGGUGAAAAGGCUUUCUGCGCCGGCGGAGAUGUCGCCGAGCUGGCCAAGUACAAUCUGGAAAGCAAGGACGGGUGGAAGAAGAGCUCGGACUACUUUGCGCUCGAGUACAUGCUGGACCACUACAUCGCCACAUACAAGAAGCCAUACGUCGCUUUCAUGGACGGCAUCACGAUGGGUGGCGGCGUCGGCCUCAGCGUCCACGCGCCCUUCCGUAUUGCUACCGAGCGCACCGUCUUCGCCAUGCCCGAGACGACGAUUGGUUUCUUCCCCGACGUCGGUGCCUCUUUCUUCCUGCCUAGACUGCAGGGCUACGUCGGCACCUACCUCGCCCUCACAAGCGAGCGACUCAAGGGCGUGAAUGUGUUCUACUCGGGUCUUGCUACGCAUUACCUGCACUCGACUUCACUGCCUCAGCUCGAAUCUCGUCUGGCUGAAAUCCACUUCGAGGACCAGGAUAGUAUGGACAAGCGCCUGAAGAUCAUUGCAGCGACGCUCGAGGAGUACGCCACCGGUCUGCCGUUCGACGAGCCCAUGCUUAUCGCCGGUGAGCUUCGCGAGGCUAUUGAUCGCUGUUUCUCAAGGAGCAGCCUCCAAGGGAUCAUUGAGUCGCUUAAGGCUGAGGAGGGUGAGACCAAGGAGUGGGCCGAGAAGACGCUGGAUACGCUGCACCAGCGCUCGCCUACGGCCGUCAAUGUCGCUUUGAAGCAAAUGCGCGUUGGUCGCGAGUGGGGUAUUGGGAAGACAUUCCAACACGAGCACCAGAUUGCGACCAAGUUCAUGAAGCACCCCGACUUCUCCGAGGGCGUGACUGCGCUGUUAGUGCGCAAGGAGACCCCCAAGUGGCAACCAGCCACUUUGGACGCCGUCAAGACCCAGGAUGUCGACGCGUUCUUCCAGAAGGAAGGCGAUGAGCUAGAAUUGCUGAACAACCGCAACUACUCUGAAUACCCCUUCUACUUCGGAUUGCCAACCGAGAAGGACGUCAAGGAGGUCGUCAUCGAGGGCCAGUACUCGCCUAAGCAGGUGUUGAAUAAGAUGGUGAAGGACAGCAAUGGCCGCCAGGGUGUCAAGCAGGUUGUCGAGGACAUCUUGGCCAGGAGAACGUCUGUGAACGACAAAGGCCGUGCGGUUUGGGAAGAAAGUGGUAUCUGGUAG